AUGCCUGCUCUACCUCUUUGUGGAGUCUGGGUGUGUAAUGUUUUUCAGCGAAUAGCUACAGUCAGGUCCAUAAUUAUUGGCACCCUUGAUAAAGAUGAAUAAAAAAGACUGUAUAAAAGAAAUAAUACAAAUACCAAGCUAUAGAUUACAAGAAAAUAGUGCUCUUUGGCCAAGCACACCAGCGGUGUGAAGAAUAAUGGAAGCAUAUGCAGAAAAGUACCUCAUACCAACGGUAAAAUAUGGUGGUGGAUCUUUGAUGUUAUGGGGCUAUUUUGCUUCCACUUGUUAAGGUCAACAGCAUCAUGAACUUUACCAAGUACCAGGACAUUUUAGCCCAAAAACCUGGUUGCCUCUGUCAGAAGGCUGACACUUGGCAGCAAGUGGAUUUUCCAGCAAGACAAUAACCCCAAGCUAUAAUCAAAAUCCACAAAGAAAUGGUUAAUUGACCACCAGUCUCUGGACUUCAAAUCUGUGGUUUGAAUUGAAGAGGGCAGUACAUAAGAGCAGAUGAAGGGUAUCAAGGAUCUGGAAAGUUUCUGUACGGAGGAAUGGUCUAAGAUCCCUCCCAAUGUGUUCUCCAAGCUCAUAAAACAUUUUAGAAAAAGGCUCAGUACCUUUAUCCUCACACAAUUAUUGGCACCCUUGAUUAAAAUGAGCAAAAAAGACUGUAUCAAAUAAAUAAAACAAAUACAGGGAUGCCAAUAAUUUUGACUCCUAUCUUUUUUAGAUAUUUUGUAUUAAUUGUUAAACAAAAUGUCUUUCUUUGAGCAAUUGUAUUAGUAUAAUAACAUAGCAUACAAUAUAGCUCAGUAUUUUUAUUAUUUAUUUUAUACAGUCUUUUUUGCUCAUUUUAAUCAAGUGUGCCAAUAAUUAUGGGCCUGACAAUACAUUAUCCAAGCUAUAUUAUCUCACAGGGUUUAUAGCGAUAUGCCUAUGUUUUAUUUGACAGUUCUGUGUAGUACCAUUUGUUGGCUAUUAUUUACUUAAGAAUUAUAAUGCUGUAACAAUAUACUUUCUUGUACUUCCUUUCAGGUUACAGUUGUAAAUGAGAACUUUGUUCUCAACUGGCUUACCUGGUUAAAUAAAGGUGAAAAAAUAAAAGAAAAAUGUUGAUUAGAAUAGGAUAACUCCAGGUAACUCCAGGUAAAGGUUUCCCAUAGGCACAGAUCUGUAGUCUGCUUACUCUCCAGAAUUCCUAACCCUAACCAUUAGGGUGAAACACUAAACGGAUGUUAGAUCAGUAUCUCUAAGGUCAUCUUAACCCUACUCCUGUAUAUGGUGUGACUGUCUCUCUCCCCCUGUACUCUCUUUCCUCUCCAGAUGACUGUAAUACCAUGGUUCGUCAUGCUCCUCUGUGUUAUUCUACAAAUAGUGAAUGGCCUCACCUCCUUCCACGACAUCUGUGAGUGUGUGUUCGCGCGUGUGUGUGUUUCUCUCUUUAUCUCUGAGCUGUGUGUGUUCCCGAUUGUAAGUAUCAAUGGUUUCUGCCAGUAUCUCUUUAUGUAUACUGUAGUCUCAGUGUUUUAUUGUGGAUCUAAUUGAAGUGUGUGUGUGCCCCUGUAGACAUGGUGGCAAAAGGGGGACAGUUUGGUGACUCUGACAUGUCCCACGGCAUUCUCUGGUGCUAUGACGUGGAAGUAUGAGGGCGAGAAUGUGGAUUUAGACCACACUCAGGUCCAAGGCCAUAACCUGAUACUGAAUGAGGUGGACUGGUAUGGAGAAUACAGCUGCUGGGAUGGAGACAGGAAACUAGGAUCAAUCUAUCUACUGGAUGAGCUGAAGGACCCGGAGGAGCCGGACGGUGUGUGUGUUUGUGACAGAGAGAGAGUUUAUUGCCCACAUGUCUCUACCACAAGUCUGGUUGUUCAUUUGUGUAUGUGUGUAUGUAUGUGUGUGUGUGUGUGUGUGUGUGUGUGUGUGUGUGUGUGUGUGUGUGCUCUGCCUCUCUCUGUAGAUUCUCUAAUCAGCUGUUCGGCCAAGUCUUAUGGCUGCACCUUUAACUGUAGCUGGACCCGCAGUGAAUUCACCGCUGUCCGCCUUGGGCUGGGCCAUGACUGGUAAGUAACACAUACACGCACACACGCACGCACACUGUACAGAUGUAGGAUAUUAAUUUGAGCACUCUUUUGUUGCUGAGAAUUGCAAACUUAAAGUGUAUUAGAAUUUUAAAAAGGCUUCUAAAGUUUAUAAAUUACACUUUGAAAUAUCAGACUUGAUUUGCCCUAACGGAAAAUGUUUAAACUCCUACAAAAAUGUCCAUUAAUUAUAAUCCAUAUAAUAAUUCAAAUUUCCUGUAGCUGCAGGAUUAUUUUCCUGCUGUAGCAAACUCCCUCAAAUUAAGAUCCUACAUCUGUAUGUGUCUCCAGUACUGACAGCCAGGACUCUUGCACCUGGGUGUACCCAACGGCCAGCCUUCAAGAUGGAGGGUUUGAGUUUGAACUGACCCAUUCGCUUUCACCCUACACUGAGGAGACCGCUCCCCUAGUGGUCACUGCUGAGGCCAUCACCAGGCAGGAGUACCUCAGGAGGACUAAGAGGUUCUACCUACGCGACAUUGGUGAGUGAAACCCCCUUCAUAACAGGUGGCAUUAAAACCAUGCACUUCCAUGGUACUUCUUUCCAGAGUAAGGAAAGGCUUAAAACACAAUUCAUUUCCGUUUGUUUGCAAAUCUCAUGAGUGUAAGAAUUUUCAUGUGUGAUUACACAAACCAAAAACAAGUAUCACAGUUGUAACUAGAGGUCUAUGUAACAAUGUUGUAUUCACUAGGAACCUAACGGAAGCGAAUGGACCUGAAACCUACCUGAGUUUGUCCUAUACGCUUGUUUUUGUUUUUCUGUUGCAAAAUGUUUUGCUUCGGCGCAACCUUUUUGCUACCUACGUUGUCCACUAAUGAAUACACCCCUGCCUAUUGUGUACAUAUCCACAGUCCAGCCAGACAGUCCUGCAGGGGUGAAGUGCCAGGUGAUGGAUCAGAGAUUGAAGGUGAAAGUAGAACCACCAGCCACCUGGAACUGUCCUCCCAGCUACUUCCCUCUGGAGCACCAGAUAGGAUACAUAUUUAAAGACAACGGCAAGGUACAACACAUACACACGCACACGCACACACACAUGCACACGCACACAUACACACACAUGCAAGCUUAUGCACACAUUGACACACACUGGAAUUUUUGUAUGAAACAAAAACUCUCUCUCCUUCGCCCUUCUCUCUCCAGGAGGAGCACUCUAUGAUUCCUCUAAUCCCUAGAGGGGUCAGUAAACUGAGGGCCCGCUCCAGAGACCCCCUGGUCCCUUCCCCCUGGAGCCAGUGGACCCCCUGGAAAAAUGUAACCAACUAAGAUAAUAUAAUAAUAUAUGCCAUUUAGCAGACACUUUUAAUACAAUAUCACUUAAUGUCUACUGUCUCCCUCCACUGUAAGCUACCAUUAUUUCUUCAGGCACUGGUCAUUAUAGACUAGUGCCUUCUAACAAAUAUACACAUCUGCAAAAUGGUAACUAUUUACUUAUAUUUAUUGAAUGAUAUACUUAUAUAUUUAUUGAAAUAUAUACUUAUCUUUUUCAUAAUAACUAUCUGAAAAAAGCUACAAAAGGGUUAACAGCAACCUCUAUCUCGAGCACCAUUGCAACCCUGGUUUACAGUGUGCAAGUGUGUGAUGUGAUAUCUGUCCCCUUAUCAAUGUAUCUUUGUGGUGGUGUUGCUGUGUAGGCUGAUUGUUUGGCUCUGUCUCUGUACGUCACAACUAUUGCUAUUAAAAGGGCUGUGAGUUUCCUGCCUCACACUUCUGUUUCCUUGUUUGUAUACUGUAUGUGUGUGUGUGUGUGUGUGUGUGUGUGUUUGUGUGUGUGUUUGUCGGGGGUGGGAGGGGGGGUUAUGGUGUAUAUACAGUGGAGAAAAAAAGUAUUUAGUCAGCCACCAAUUGUGCAACUUCUCCCACUUAAAAAGAUGAGAGAGGCCUGUAAUUUUCAUCAUAGGUACACAUCAACUAUGACAGACAAAAUAAGAUUUUUUUUCUCCAGAAAAUCAAAUUUUAAUGAAUUUAUUUGCAAAUUAUGGUGGAAAAUAAGUAUUUGGUCAAUAACAAAAGUUUCUCAAUACUUUGUUAUAUACCCUUUGUUGGCAAUGACACAGGUCAAACGUUUUCUGUAAGUCUUCACAAGGUUUUCACACACUGUUGCUGGUAUUUUGGCCCACUCCUCCAUGCAGAUCUCCUCUAGAGCAGUGAUGUUUUGGGGCUGUCGCUGGGCAACACAGACGUUCAACUCCCUCCAAAGAUGUUCUAUGGGGUUGAGAUCUGGAGACUGGCUAGGCCACUCCAGGACCUUGAAAUGCUUCUUACGAAGCCACUCCUUCGUUGCCCAGGCGGUGUGUUUGGGAUCAUUGUCAUGCUGAAAGACCCAGCCACGUUUCAUCUUCAAUGCCCUUGCUGAUGGAAGGAGGUUUUCACUCAAAAUCUCACGAUACAUGGCCCCAUUCAUUCUUUCCUUUACACGGAUCAGUCGUCCUGGUCCCUUUGCAGAAACAGCCCCAAAGCAUGAUGUUUCCACCCCCAUGCUUCACAGUAGGUAUGGUGUUCUUUGAAUGCAACUCAGCAUUCUUUGUCCUCCAAACACGACGAGUUGAGUUUUUACCAAAACGUUCUAUUUUGGUUUCAUCUGACCAUAUGACAUUCUCCCAAUCCUCUUCUGGAUCAUCCAAAUGCACUCUAGCAAACUUCAGACGGGCCUGGACAUGUACUGGCUUAAGCAGGGGGACACGUCUUGCACUGCAGGAUUUGAGUCCCUGGCGGCGUAGUGUGUUACUGAUGGUAGGCUUUGUUACUUUGGUCCCAGCUCUCUGCAGGUCAUUCACUAGGUCCCCCCAUGUGGUUCUGGGAUUUUUGCUCACCGUUCUUGUGAUAAUUUUGACCCCACGGGGUAAGAUCUUGCGUGGAGCCCCAGAUCGUGGGAGAUUAUCAGUGGUCUUGUAUGUCUUCCAUUUCCUAAUAAUUGCUCCCACAGUUGAUUUCUUCGAGCCAAGCUGCUUACCCAUUGCAGAUUCAGUCUUCCCAGCCUGGUGCAGGUCUACAAUUUUGUUUCUGGUGUCCUUUGACAGCUCUUUGGUCUUGGCCAUAGUGGAGUUUGGAGUGUGACUGUUUGAGGUUGUGGACAGGUGUCUUUUAUACUGAUAACAAGUUCAAACAGGUGCCAUUAAUACAGGUAACGAGUGGAGGACAGAGGAGCCUCUUAAAGAAGAAGUUACAGGUCUGUGAGAGCCAGAAAUCUUGCUUGUUUGUAGGUGACCAAAUACUUAUUUUCCACCAUAAUUUGCAAAUAAUGUCACGAUCGUUACAGGAAGACUCGGACCAAGGCGCAGCGUGAUAAGCGUACAUUUUAUUUACCGUACUGCACACGAAACAAAACAACAAACCAAACGAUACGUGAAGUCCUAGGUUAUACACACCAAACCAAACGGAACAAGAUCCCACAAAUGACUAGUGAAAACAGGCUGCCUAAGUAUGGUCCCCAAUCAGAGACAACGAGCUACAGCUGCCUCUGAUUGGGAACCACCCUGGCCAACAUAGAAAUAAACGAUCUAGAACAAAAACCACAGAAAACUAAACAUAGAAAAUCCACACCCUGGCUCAACAUCUAAGAGUCCCCAGAGCCAGGGCGUGACAAAUACAUUCAUUAAAAAUCCUACAAUGUGAUUUUGGAUUUUUUUUCUUCUCAAUUUGUCUGUCAUAGUUGACGUGUACCUAUGAUGAAAAUUACAGGCCUCUCUCUUCUUUUUAAGUGGGAGAACUUGCACAAUUGGUGGCUGACUAAAUACUUUUUUUCCCCAAUGUACAGUAUAUCUGUUUUUGUUGAUGUUUGGUAUCUUUGUAACAUAUUAAAGGUGAACUUGAUGAUUGUAUAGUCAUUUAGAAAUGGAAGAAAGCAAAGAUACUCUAUGUAAUUUAACCACAAAACAUUUUACACUAGUCUCAUGGAUAAGCCUGCUACAUAGACACUAAUGUAGCAGCUGAGAAAUGUCUGGGUUAAUAUGUUGUGUACUGUGGCUCAAUUUGAAGGGCAGCCAAUACCAUUCACACCUAUUCCGUCAUAUCCUGUUAGACCAAGAAACACAAACACACACACAGGCACACACAGACAUGUCCACACACACACACACACACACACACACACACACACACACACACACACACACACACACACACACACACACACACACACACACACACACACACACACACACACACACAAACACACACACACACACACACACACACACACACACACACACACACACACACACACACACACACGUCACAUACAAACAGAGGUGGCUGGUGGGCAGAGUAAUAGAAGGAUGGAAUGGUAUAAAACACAAGUCGACCGUGUUCGAUGUGUUUGAUACUGUGUCCUGAGUGGCGCAGUGGUCUAAGGCACUGCAUCGCAGUGCUAGCUGUGCCACUAGAGAUCCUGGUUCGAAUCCAGGCUCUGUCGUAGUUGGCCGCGACCGGGAGACCCAUGAGGCGGCGCACAAUUGGCCCAGCGUCGUCCAGGGUAGGGGAGGGAAUGGCCGGCAGGGAUGUAGCUCAGUUGGUAGAGCAUGGCAUUUGCAACGCCAGGGUUGUGGGUUUGAUUCCAGUAUAAAAAAUGUAUGCACUCACUAACUGUAAGUCGCUCUGGAUAAGAGCGUCUGCUAAAUGACUAAAAUGUAAAAUGUAAAUGUAUACCUUUCCAUUCAUUCCAUUCCAGCCAUUACAAUGAGCCCAUCCUGCUAUAUCUCUGCCCACCAUCCUCCUCUGCCGCACGCACAAAACACACACACACAUACACACACCUGGUGAAAUAUUUCCUACAAGUGUAGUAGUGUAAGUGAUCUUUGUUGUGUUUCUUGAAUGAGGUGCCCAAACAAAAUAACCAUCUGGUAGUUUAAAGGGUCAAACUAAGGGAAGCGAGCCCUGUAAAUAUGAAUGAAAAAGCUUAUGGAUAGGAAACACUGUACAAUUUACCUUAUUACAGGUGGUUGCAGGAGGCAAGAAGGAGGAGAAACACAAAAGGCAACGCAAAGGAAAAGAUAGCAUCCGCUGCAAGACAGGAGAAAAGAAGGGGACCAAGACUAAGUCAAGAUCUGCAUUCACUGCUAAUGAAUAACGGACUUUGUGCUCUCUAUUGAAUUAUCACUAUGUGUUUCUGGGAUCUAGAGUUAAAUAUGUCAAUAAAAUGUAAUGUUUACAUUUCCC